CUUCAUCCGAGGCUAUGAGAGGAGGAGUUGAAUCCCAGAUCAAACCAUCAUGCCAGUUCUGAAGACUAGAGAGGAGAUCUGGGCUGGCAAUGUACAAGGGAUUGCAUUUACACUCCUCCACAAUGCUUGUCAGCCUCCGCCUCUCUACCUCCCGUCUUCAGGACAGGCGCUUCAUCUCCCCCUCCUCCUCCUCCUUCCUCCCACCCCCUCCUCCCGAACACUCGUCACAUCACCCCCAUCCCCAUCUGCGGCUGACCCUGCCCUCCCUCUCCCUGUCCUUCUCUCUGCUCCUUCUCUCCAUUCUUCUCCUGCCCAUCUGCGAGUCCCGCAGGGGUGGCGGUCCAGGUGGAGGUCCAGGCACAGGGCCCGGAGGUGCCCAGGGGGGACAGGGUGGCCAGAGGGGUGGCAGCAGCCAGCGGGGUGUUCUCAUCCCACCUCACUAUCCUCAAGGCUCACCCCCUAUACCGCCAAUCAGUCCCAAACUGAUCAACUCACUGAGCAUCACUGUCAUCUUGGUGGGCAACUCUAGUGAAGUAGCCCUGGGAGCUGGACUUGAGAAAGAGGACUUUCUUCACAUCCCUUACCCUCCCAAAGUUGAAGUGGUCACCAUGAAUGAGACUGACCCCAAGAGUAUCAUCAAUCGGAUCUGUACCCAGAUGACGAGGAACUCGGUGCAGGGCGUUGUGUUCGGUGACGACACAGACCAGGAGGCCAUCGCCCAGAUCCUGGACUUCAUCUCUGCCCAGACACACAUCCCCAUCCUGGGCAUCAGAGGAGGGUCCUCCAUGGUCAUGGCUGCCAAGGACGACCACUCCAUGUUUUUCCAGUUUGGUCCGUCCAUCGAGCAGCAGGCAUCAGUCAUGUUGAACAUCAUGGAGGAGUAUGACUGGUACAUCUUCUCCAUUGUCACCACAUACUACCCUGGCUACCAGGACUUUGUCAACAAGGUCCGUAGUACCAUCGAAAACAGCUUUGUGGGCUGGGAGCUGGAAGAAGUCCUCCUACUGGACAUGUCGAUGGACGAUGGAGAUUCCAAGAUCCAAAACCAGCUGAAGAAGCUGCAGAGCCCUGUUAUUCUGCUCUACUGCACGAAAGAGGAAGCCAGCACCAUUUUUGAGGUGGCCCACUCUGUAGGCCUGACCGGCUACGGCUUCACCUGGAUUGUCCCGUCACUGGUGGCCGGAGAUGCCGACCAUGUCCCGUCCGUCUUCCCCACAGGGCUUAUCUCGGUGUCAUAUGACGAAUGGGACUACGGCAUCGAGGCCAGGGUACGUGAUGCAGUGGCUGUCAUCGCCACGGCGACCUCCACUAUGAUGCUGGACCGGGGGCCACACACCCUGCUGAAGUCCAGCUGCCACGGGCCACCCGACAAAAAGGGCUCCAGCACCGGCAACUUGAACAAUGAAGUACUGAAGUAUCUAAUGAAUGUGACUUUUGAAGGCCGUAACCUGUCAUUUAGUGAAGACGGCUACCAGAUGCACCCAAAACUGGUCAUCAUUCUGCUGGACAAGGAUAGGCAGUGGGACAGGGUUGGCAAGUGGGAGAGAGGCUCUCUGACGAUGAGGUACCAUGUGUGGCCUCGUUUUGAGAUAUACUCAGGAGCGGAGGAGCGGGAGGACGACCACCUGUCCAUCGUGACUCUGGAGGAGGCGCCAUUUGUCAUAGUGGAGGACGUGGACCCGCUCAGUGGAACCUGUAUGAGGAACACGGUGCCGUGCCGCAAGCAGCUCAAACUCAUCAAUCAGACAGGCGAGUCGGGGAUUUACAUCAAGCGCUGCUGCAAGGGUUUCUGUAUUGACAUCCUUAAGAAGAUUGCCAAGACGGUCAAGUUCACCUACGACCUCUACCUGGUCACCAAUGGCAAACACGGCAAGAAAAUUAAUGGGACGUGGAACGGCAUGGUUGGAGAGGUGGUGUUGAAGAACGCCCACAUGGCAGUGGGUUCACUCACCAUUAAUGAGGAGAGGUCGGAGGUCAUCGACUUCUCCGUGCCGUUCAUUGAGACGGGGAUCAGUGUCAUGGUCUCCCGUAGCAACGGAACCGUCUCCCCCUCUGCCUUUCUUGAGCCCUUCAGUGCGGAUGUCUGGGUGAUGAUGUUUGUAAUGUUGCUGAUCGUGUCGGCCGUGGCUGUGUUUGUAUUUGAGUACUUCAGCCCAGUGGGUUACAAUCGCUGCCUGGCAGAUGGGCGAGAGCCGGGCGGUCCCUCAUUCACCAUCGGCAAAGCCAUCUGGCUGCUGUGGGGCCUGGUGUUCAACAACUCUGUGCCUGUGCAAAACCCCAAGGGGACCACCAGUAAGAUCAUGGUGUCGGUGUGGGCCUUCUUCGCUGUCAUCUUUCUGGCCUCCUACACUGCCAACCUGGCUGCUUUCAUGAUCCAGGAGGAGUAUGUCGACCAAGUGUCGGGCCUGUCAGACAAAAAGUUCCAGAAGCCCAACGACUUCUCGCCGCCAUUCCGGUUUGGCACCGUACCCAACGGAAGCACGGAGCGAAACAUUCGCAACAACUACCGGGACAUGCACAGCUACAUGACGAGUUUCCAUCAGAAGAAUGUAGAUGAGGCCCUGCACAGUCUGAAGAGCGGCAAACUGGACGCCUUCAUCUAUGAUGCGGCGGUGCUGAACUACAUGGCCGGCAGAGAUGAGGGAUGCAAGCUGGUAACCAUAGGUAGUGGAAAGGUGUUUGCCUCCACCGGCUACGGCAUCGCCAUCCAGAAGGACUCGGGCUGGAAACGGGCUGUGGAUCUGGCCAUCCUCAUGCUCUUUGGAGAUGGUGAGAUGGAGGAGCUGGAAGCCUUAUGGCUGACUGGGAUCUGCCACAACGAGAAGAACGAGGUGAUGAGCAGCCAGCUGGAUGUAGACAACAUGGCAGGGGUCUUCUACAUGCUGGGUGCCGCCAUGGUUCUGUCGCUCAUCACCUUCAUCUGCGAGCACUUGUUCUACUGGCAGCUGCGCUUCUGCUUCAUGGGCGUGUGCUCCGGCAAGCCCGGGGUCACCUUCUCCAUCAGCAGAGGUAUCUACAGCUGCAUCCAUGGGGUACAAAUAGAGGAAAACAAGUCAACUAUGGAUUCACCUUCAGCCACCAUGAACAUGAACAUGAACAACACCCACUCCAACAUCCUACGAUUGCUCCGCACUGCCAAGGAUAUGACCGCCAUCCCCGGAAUCAACGGUUCUCCGCAUGCCGCUCUGGAAUACAGCCACGGAGGCCGUGAUUCGGCGAUCUAUGAUAUCCAGGAGCACCGGCGCAGCCUGGCAGGCCACCCUGUGGACUGCAAGGCGGCGCCGCCUUACCUGCCGGAGGACAACAUGUUCAGUGACUACAUCAGCGAAGUGGAGAGGACUUUUGGCAACUUGCCCCUGAAGGACAGCAACCUGUACCAGGACCAUUACAUGCACCACCACCCGGCCUCGGCUCUGGGUAUGUCCGGCCCCCCGCCUAACAGGCCGCGUAGCUUAGGCAGCGCUAGUUCGUUGGAGGGGGGAAUGUUCGAUUGCGACAGUCUAGGGGGAGGGGUCGCACCCAUCUUCACCACCCAGCCCCGCGCCUCAAUGACUCACAGGAACACCAAUAAAUUCGACUUGAUUGCUGGCCACACCCCCACAGGUUCUAGCCAGGGGGGAUUCAAGGGAAGCAAUGUGUAUGGGAGGUUUUCUUUCAAAGGAGGUGCAUCCAGUACGGGGCUCAUCGGGGGUCAUGACAGGUUCUGUGGUGGAGGUGGGGGUGGGGGAGGCUCGGGGGGUGAUGAUGGGAACAUUCGCUCUGAUGUGUCGGACAUCUCCACGCACACCGUCACCUACGGCAACCUGGAGGGCAACAACAAGCGGCGUAAACAGUACAGGGACAGCCUGAAAAAGAGGCCGGCCUCGGCCAAGUGCAGACGGGAGCCGGACGAGAUAGAGCUCAGUGGCUUCAGGAGGAGACCCCACCACCACACCGUCCACCACCACUUUCCCCACGGCCCCCUGGCACACCGCUCGGCCUCACCACCCCUGGAGCGGAAGAGAGGAGGAGGGGGUAAUUCUUCGCCUUACUUAGUCCGCAAAGACAAAGAGAACCUGAGGGAUUUCUAUGCGGACCAGUUCCGCUCCAAGGAGGGCAAGGCCAAGUGGGAGCAGGAAAGUGGAAGUGGAGGAAGCGGUGUGGGCGGUGGUAGUGGUGGCGGUAUCUGUAAAAGCUUAGUGCCCGUGGAAGACUUCCUGAAAGGUAAAGGCAAGAAGUCAGAGUGUAAAGGUGGGCAUGGCUCAGUGGCAACAGGGCAGCAGGCUCACACCUGCUGGGAAAAGGGUGUUUCUGGGAUAGGAGGGGGAGGCAUAGCCGGGGGUGACUGGGAGUGUCGUAACUGCCACAGUGUAUCUCACCAUGGAGGAGGUGUGGGAGCAGGGGGUACAUGCCCAAAUACUGGGGCUGGGGGAGGCAGCAGCAGUCGCCCCAGCUCUGCUUCCUGCAAACGGUGUGACUCCUGUAAGAUGCAACCGAGCAACCUUUACAACAUCAGUGAGGAUAAUAAUAUGGUGUUCAAUGCAGGGCAGAGUAGUGUAGGACUGGGCCCAACACCAAAUCAGGCACAGCGCAGGAAGUUAGGACCAGGUGGGAGGGUCUUACGAAGGCAACACUCAUACGACACAUUUGUAGACCUGCAGAGGGAGGGUGCUGGCCGGAUGGGAGGGGCUGGCGGGCUUGGGGGGCAGCUUCCCCAGCCCCGAAGCGUGAGCUUGAAAGACAAAGACCGCUUCAUGGAGGGCACCAGCCCUUAUGCUCACAUGUUUGAGCGAUAUGCAGGCGAAAGGGAGUCAUCCUUGUUUGGUGGAGUUGGCGGGGAUAGGGCAAAAGGAGGUUCUUCAUUCAGUUUGUUCCGUGGAGGCGAAGGUGGGUUGCACCGGCGGUCAGUGGGGGAAAGAGACCUGAGGGACAGAGAUAGAGCUAUGAUGGGAGGUGGGGGCUGUGGUGGUGGUGGUGGUGGUGGUAGUGGUAGCAGAGGGGCCGGGACUUACUCCUUGUCUAAAUCUCUCUACCCAGAUAAGGUGAACCAGAACCCCUUCAUCCCAACCUUCGGCGAUGACCAGUGUCUAUUACACGGUGCCAAGCCGUACUACAUCAAAAAGCCACAGACGCAGCAACAGCAGCAGCAGCAGCAACUACUCAACAACAGCCGAGGAGGAGGGGACUUCCGAGGCUCCAUGGGAGCGACUUCCUAUUUACCUGCGUCGGCCACUGCUGGGGUGAUGUCCAAUGUGGCCCCCAGGUUCCCCAAAGAGCUGUGUCUGGGCGGGGUGGGAGGGCCCAUGGGGAACCACCAUGGAGCCAACAAGCUACUGCCAGGGGGCAGGGACGCGUUAGGUUUGGGGCAGGGACAGAGACCCUUCAACGGUGCCAGCAACGGACACGUUUAUGAAAAGCUCUCCAGCAUUGAGUCAGAUGUCUGA